AUGCAGAUCGAUGAACUGCGGCAUGCCCUGGAUGGAUACAAGGCCAAAAGCUGUGGAAUAAAGACGCAAGUUCUGGACCUGAAGGCAUCCGACUUGGAGACAUGUCGGCCGUUAAGCGCAGAAAAUUGCAUCGAAUUUGUCGACACGUUGGAUGCUCUUCAACGCUGCAGCCAUGUCCUGUCCAGAAGCUCCGUCGUUGGUGUGGAUGUUGAGCGACACUGGCUACAAUCCUACAAAGGUUAUGUAUGUUUGAUCCAAGUCUCCACCGCAAAGGCCGGUGGCAAGGCCUUCCUCGUGGACAGCCUCUGCUUCUCGCAUGAGCAGGUGAAGUGCUGUCUCGGCGAGGUCUUGGAAAACCCCAGCAUCUUAAAGGUCUUCCACGCAGCAGCCAACGACAUUUCGUGGCUGCGCGAGGAAUUCUCGAUUGGCCUCAGGUGCACGCUCGACACUCAGGCUUUGGCCCACUUUCUUGGCUGUCCCAUCCAAAAAUUGACGGAUCAAUGGUCCGCAUUUUGCAACGUGCACGCUUCGGCGGAUCUUAAGUCGCGACUGCAAUGCUCUGACUGGCGGCGGCGCCCGCUUGCGCCUGUACAGGUGGUCUACGCUGCAGCCGAUUCAUACUGCCUGCUGCGUAUAGCAUCCUUCUUGCUUCGUGUGGCAGCGCUUCUAUGCCCGUCAGACUUCGAGAACACCUGGGUGGAGACGAGUCUUUGUCAGCCAACUCGACAGUUCUUGAUGCCUGGGAGCGAAGGUCGAAGUUGGCCUGAAUGGCAAACGCCGUCGCAAGUUGCAGCACUGUGCACAGGCUCAGGUGCCUCGCUCUGGGAAGGCCUUGCCGCAGCACCAGAUCGAUCAGGAAACUUGCCUUCACGAGGUGCAACUCUGCGGAAAGCACUCCGUAAUGUUGCUCCGCCGGUGCAGGCAGCCGCAGUUGAGAGGCUGGCAUCCUGGCGUAACAAAGCAGCUGAAAUCGCUGAUGUGUCCCCACAGUGGGUAGUGCCAGACAAAUUAUUGGCGAGAGCAGCGGCAGCUUCCACCGCGGCGGAGGCCCGCACUGUGUUGGACGAAGUUCUGGGGUUGGAUCUGGUCGUCGAUCCCGAUGUCGAGCACGCUUUGACCGGAGACGCUCUGCAGGUGGCCCGACAGGCUCACCUCACAGAGACUUCGCUGUCAGAGCUGCUCGAGCACUUGUCAGCGGCACGUCAAGUUCACCGCAUUCAGGAUGCGCAGGAAUGUUCUGAAACCAGUUGUGCGCGGUGGUGGCUUCCUUUCUCGUCAGCAGCUGCCUUCCAGGAGGCCGUGUCCAGGCUUCCGGAAAAGCAGCAGGAUCGAGUCAUGCAAGAGCCACUGAGAAAGCGUGCAAGGUUCUUGAGCUUCGUGCAGCGGGUGGCUGCCAAAGGACCCGUCUACGAGAAUUGCAGGAUUCUAGCCCCAGAUGGCCAAAUACUGUGCACGGUUGACAAGAAGAAGCUGAACUGGUAUGUGAGGCGCGGACUUGCCCGGUUCGAGGACGGCCAGACUGACUGCAUACGGCUUCUCUUUGAGCCCCGUGGUCGCUUCGGCAUUCGCAAAGAGCUGGGGUCGUCUGCGAAUGUCCCUGACGAGCACAUGCAGCAGCGAGAGCGAUUCUAUACGUCCACCAAGGAGAAUCGCUGCGUGGUUUGUGGCAGCGAUGUCCAUUUAGCCAGAUACAACCUCGUGCCGAGCUGCUUUCGGAGCUUUCUGCCCACGUCGCAUCAGCCUGGAUCACAUGAUGUUCUGCUGCUUUGUGUUCCUUGUCACCACAAAGCCUCCACAGAGCACGGCCAGCAGAUCAAAGAGAGUCUCGCAAGGGAGGUGGACGUUGGAAUGCCAAAAGCAACCCCCACCAAGAGCGAUCCGAGACGUCGAGCAGCCAUUUGUGCAUCAGGCCUCCUGAAAGGUGGUGACAACGUCCCGUGGCCGCGUGCUGAAGUGGUCUUCCAGCGCAUCUUGCAAGCCUGGGAACUCGGCGACGACUUGUCAUGCCUCGAACCAGAGGUCGCUGCAGAUGUCGGCUUCUCUUGCUACGAGAGGGCGUUCCAGCAGAAGGCACCGACGCUGAUCACCAGACUUGAAGGGCGGUGGCCUGGAGCCACGAAGGUCCUUUGGCGCGCAUCCAAUUGGAGCGAGCCAGGUCGACCCCCAGGGGCUCGCUGCAGGAACCAGCAGGAGACGGAGGUUGGGCGAAGGACUGUCGAGGCGUGGAUGGACUCAAAGCGUGACUUGAGCGACCUGGUUUGCAGAUGCAGAGCACAUUUUGUCCAAGUCAUGCGUCCGGAGUUCUUGCCGGCACACUGGGAUGUGACCCACAAGAUUGCAGUGCGCCGUCUUUGA